UAAUAAAAAUGAUUCAUUUGCUCAGAAAUAAGGAAAUGUCAUAAAAAUUAAAAAAUACAUACAGUAAUAGGUUAGUGACAUAUCUUGUUAUAGGAGAUCACACUUCUGGAUAAAUUAUGUGUUGUAUAAAUUACGGGUUUCUUGUGUUCGUGGUAUGUCUAGCGAGCGCUUUCGCCGGAGACUACCCCCACGUAGCCAUGGGACAUGGAAUGCACGGCAACACUCACUAUGGAAACCAGGGAUUUCAUGGUUCCACAUUGCAAAAUUUCUAUCCCGGUGACUGGAACAAUCAAAGAAUGGGGUCAUAUCAGUAUUUUGAUUACGAAAGUUCGCCAUGGAAUUCAAAUUGGCAAGGAGGCAACAUGUUUGGAAAUACGGGUGGCAGUUUGGAUUGGGGCCAGUCCGGUGGUAGCUGGAACCAGCCGCAUUUGAACACGUGGCAUGGCGACCAAGGAUGGAACAACGGCGGCAUGAAUAAUAUGAAUGGAUGGAAUAACAAUUGGAAUAAUGGCUGGAAUAGUAAUGGCUUCGGAAACAACAUGAAUAAUGGGUGGAAUAAUGACUGGACUGGUAGUGGCGGGAUUGGCUGGAAUAAUGGCGUAGGAAACAACUGGAACACUGGUCUGAAUAAUGGUUUCGGAAACAAUGGUUGGAGCGGUAAUGGCGGAUUGAAUGGCUGGGGAAACAAUUUGAACACUGGUUGGAAAAAUGGUUUGAGCAACAAUGGUUGGAGCGGUAAUGGUGGCUUAAAUGGCUGGGGAAACAAUUGGAACAAUAAUUGGGGCAAUAACUUUAAUAACGGAUGGACAGUUCCAGAAGGCCUUGCCCUGCAGUCUCAUUAAAACAUCCAUCAUUAUUAAGGAGCAAGAGACCAUGAUGACAUCAAACGAAUUUUAACACAUUAUCAUCAUUGAAACAAUAUAAUAUAAGCAAACUGAAAGUACACCUUACAUGAGAUAUUGAAAUUGUUCCUUUCAGCCUUUUUUUUGUAAAAUAAAUUUAUCAUGAUUUUAUUUGAAAAGACACCGUGUUUCUUUUAAUUUAUCAGCCAUGUUGUCUUGC